AUGGAAGAUUCACGUGGAAGUGGUCGACGAACUUGGCAAGACUAUGCCAUACAACGAAGACAAAAUAUGAGUGAAGAACAGAGGCAGCAACACCUUGCCAGAAGGCGUGCCAGUUACCGAGAGAGUAUUAGACGAGGAAAACAAAUCGAUACAUCAAGUGGACCAACUAACAUGGCAACACCAUUACAAGAUAUCACAAAUAUAUCUCCUCAACAAUACUCUAUAUCAGAUACUCACAAUAACACCGGAGCCGGUUCAAGUAAUAUACCAAACGAUCCAAAUAUGGAAAUUAGACAAAAUGUUCGAGCAUCCCAUAAUUGUGCUCGAAAUUUUCAAGAGGAUGGAACAAUAAUUCGAACUCCACUACCAGUCCCAAGGACAUGUCAUUACUGUAGCGCACGUCUAUUUCACCAUGAGACGUUCGAGAUGUGCUGUAAUGGGGGAAAAGUCUCUCUUCCCCGAGUAAAUGCUCCUCAGGAAUUGCUUGAAAUCUUCUUGGACCCCUCUGCAGAAGGAAACCAUUUUAGAAAACAUAUUCGUGGAUACAAUCAUGUAUUUUCCUUCACUUCGUGUGGUGUACACAUAGACGAACAACUGGCUAUAACAGGUCGUGGUAUAUAUACAUUUCGUCUUGCACAACGGUCAGAUGUACAUGAGUGUAGUUUGGUCAUUAGAGAGCGACCUGCUAAUCAGCCACAAUAUAGUCUUUCAACUGCGUCGCAGGUAGCAGCCAUAAUUGUUGGUGAUGACGUUGAAACAAUGAUUCGUGGGCGAGAUAUUAAGGUGCAAACUCAUGCUGGUAGCCUACGAAGGAUUCAGGAAUUCAUCCGCCCCGAUGAUCAUUCCACCGUAUUGCAAGCAGGACGACUACUACAACAAUAUGUUGUUGAUAACUAUGUGAAAAUUGAAACCGGAAAGUUAAGAUGGGUUCGAAAUAGACAGAAGAAAUUACGGACUGAAUUAUACCAAGGUUUACAAGAUGCUUUGCACACAGGAGAAACUAAUGCAGAAAAUGUUGGAAGAAAAAGAACAAUAUUACCAUCGUCGUUCAUUGGUAGCCGUCGCGACAUGACCCAACGAUAUGAAGAUGGAAUGGCGAUUGUUCUUAAAGAGGGAAAGCUAGAUAUUUUUCUCACAAUGACAUGCAAUCCAUCUUGGACUGAAAUAACUUCAUAA